AUGGCGACGCCGAAAAGCAAAGUAAGCAGCAAAAGUAAAAUGGGAAAAACAAGUAUUCCAGUACCCCAUGAAGAAUGGGGAAAGUUAAGAAGGGAACAAGUAGAACUUUUCCACAACAUUGUAGCGCGAUAUACAUGGAUAACCUUACAAAAUUUUACCGAAACAAGAAACAUGGAUUUUGUCAAAUGGAUGGCAAAAUCACCAGCAGUAGCUAUGACACAAUGGCGUUUUAUGUGUCUAAUGUAUGAAAGAUGCUUAGAUUGUUGGCAUGUGGAAAAGAUUUAUAAACCCAAGGACACACCACUCAGGGCUGAUGACGUAACGCACAUGAUGACUAUGCUCUACGAUAUGUGUGUAAAAAAACAAUUGUAUUCCACGGGACAUUAUGCUAGCGUUGAUACGUUUGUAGAUAGAAUGUACAUUGUGUAUUCGGAUGGGGACAAAGUAUUUGUUGAUGACGAAAUUUGUGAUAAAAUAGUGGACAACAAUAGUUAA